AUCUGGGGAGUAGGAGGAGGAGGAGGAGGAGGAGGAGUAGAAGAGAAGGAGAAGAGGGGAAAUGGAGGAAGAUGGGGAGGAGGAGGUGGAGGAGUACCUGUUCAAGGUGGUGAUAAUCGGGGACUCGGCGGUGGGGAAGUCGAACCUGCUGAGCCGGUACGCGCGGAACGAGUUCAACCUGCACUCGAAGGCGACGAUCGGGGUGGAGUUCCAGACGCAGAGCAUGGACAUCGACGGCAAGGACGUCAAGGCCCAGAUCUGGGACACCGCCGGCCAGGAGCGCUUCCGCGCCGUCACCUCCGCCUACUACCGCGGCGCCUUCGGUGCCCUCCUCGUCUACGACAUCUCCCGCCGCUCCACCUUCCACAGCGUCUCCCGCUGGCUCCAGGAGCUCAACACACAUUCGGACACGACUAUCGCGAAGAUGCUGGUCGGCAACAAAUGCGACCUCGCGAACAUCCGAGAAGUGUCGGUAGAAGAAGGCAAAGCCCUCGCAGAAGCCGAAGGCUUGUUCUUUAUGGAGACUUCGGCUCUCGACUCGACGAACGUCAAGACGGCCUUCGAGAUUGUGAUCAAGGAGAUCUACAACAAUGUCAGCAGGAAGAUCUUGAACUCCGAUUCCUAUAAAGCCGAAUUGACCGUCAACAGGGUGAGCCUUAACGGCGACGGCACAGAUGAGCAGAAACCGACGAGCAGAUUCAGUUGCUGCUAAAAGGUUCAUCUCUUGGGUGUUUAGUAUUUUAAGUUCCAGAGACCGAAGCUUCCCUUGUUGUCGGAGGUAAAAGUUUUACAUGAUUAAAUUUGGGUUUUUGGUAUUGUUAAAUUGCUGUAUGAGUAUUCAUUUUAAGUUACAUAAUAUGGAGGAGAAGUGUUGUUUCCAGAGAUGAUUCAUUUUUUCUGCUGUGUAAACAAAGUCAUGUAACUCUAAAUGGUUUAAUAAAGUGGUUAUAUUUUAGAACUUCUUUAA